UAAGGAGGCAGACCAGCCGCUGGUAUUCUACAUCGACCAAGGGGUGAGAGGGAUUUUCAAUAACACUAUGUGAGGUUAAGUUAACGUCAGAAAAGUUCGAUUAUUACAUUAAUUAUGAAUUUUCUGGCUAAAAGCGUGAACAUAGCAAGAACCUGCAUAGCAAGUUCCAUUCAAGGUAGUCAAUCAAGUCUGACAAAAUUCUAUGGGAGCAAUUAUGUUCAAGGGAGCAUAUUAAACGCUGCAAGAAUAUGUAUGAAUACAACAUUGCAAGGUAUAUCACAGAUCAGACCAUGCUCAAUAUUGUGGAAACUUCACAAGGCAGGCCCACGUAAGAAAGUUAAACGUAGGAAGAAUCCCUUAGAUGGCAAUCCAUUCAUGAAAGGCAUAGUCUUGAAAACCGUCAUUAAGAAGCCUAAAAAACCUAAUUCUGCAAAUCGAAAAUGCGUAAUCGUGAGAUUAUCAAACGGCAAAGAAAUGACGGCGUAUGUGCCAGGAAUAGGCCACAAUCUGCAAGAACACAACAUAGUGCUGUGCAGAGUCGGACGACUGCAAGAUACGCCCGGUGUCAAAAUUAAAUGUGUGCGUGGCAAGUACGAUUUACCUCACGUAAUUAAGAGCACAUAAUUCAUAACUUAAUAAGCUUGAACAGUUCAUUAGCUAUCGUUAUAUGUUAUGUCUGACUGCGUCAGAAAAUUACGUCGAAUUUUCUGUAAAUAAAACAUCUUCUAUGGAUGAAAAAAUCGUUGAAU